AUGGCCAGCUCCUUUGAGAAGAGUGUGAAGGGCGGCACCAAGAUCAAGCUCGCAGCGCCCAAGUCAAAGUAUGUCGAACAUAUCCUUGUCGCGACACAUGCCGGAGAGGCAGGCGUCGCCGAGAUCUUUCGCGCCCUCACCAACCGAUUGCGCGAUUCGACAUGGACUAUUGUGUACAAGAGCCUGAUCAUCGUACACCUCAUGAUAAGGGAGGGCGAGCCCGACGUUACACUCAAGUUCCUGGCGCAGAACCCGCACAGGAAGUUGGCAAUCAACCACUUUACAGAGGUACAAACACAAGGACACAAUAUCCGCACCUACUCCGAAUACCUCCUCCGACGAGCCAUCGAAUAUGGCGCAACAAAGGUCGACUAUGUCCGCGGCGGCGAGGGCCGGCUUAAGCGGCUAAGUGUAGAAAAGGGCCUCCUUCGGGAAGCGGAAAGUGUGCAGGACCAGAUUAGGGCGUUGCUCAAGUGCCAGCCAUUCGACGAUGAGCCGGAGAACGAAAUUACAAUGACGGCUUUCCGCUUGCUGACAAUGGAUCUCCUGGUGCUCUUCCAUGUUAUGAACGAAGGCACCAUCAACAUUCUCGAGCACUACUUCGAGCUAUCACGGCCUGAUGCGACGCGUGCCCUUGCAGUAUAUCGCACCUUCGUCAAACAGACUGAAGCCGUCGUCCAAUACCUCAGUCUUGCGAGAUCACACGAGCAUUCUACGAGAUUGGAAAUCCCCAAGAUCAAGCACGCACCAACUAGUCUGGCCGCGUCCUUGGAGGAAUAUCUGAACGACAAAGACUUCGAGAUCAACCGACGGCAAUACAUGGCCGAGAAGGAGGCAAAGAAGAAUGGGGGCAAGACCACCAACGGGGCUAGCAAACCUCUAGAUCCGAAGCCCGCAGCCUCCCACAAUGCUAGCAGUCAGCCGCCUGCAGCUCCGGCCAAACCCUCAGCGAGUGCGCCGCUGAUUGAUCUGUUUGAGUCUCUCGAGGACAAUCAACAAACCAUGGCCACACAGCCGAUGAUGCAACAACAGUAUCCACAGCAGACAGGCUUUCAACAGGGCUUCCAGAUGCCGCAACAGACAGCCAACAUGGGCUUCCCUCAGCAAUCACAGCCCUUCCCAAUGCAAAACGGGCAGAACACCAAUCCGUUCCAGAUGCAGCAACAAGCACAGGCACCACAACUACAAGCACAGUUCACUGGUGCCGGCUUCGGUGGUUACACACCGCAGCCAUUCAACUCGCAAGGCACUAUGCCGUCAAUACCACAAAAUGGUAUGCCUGACUUUUCACAACAGCAGCAGCACAUGCAGAUCCCCACAAUCGCCGAGCCUCUGCAGCCGCAGCAGACGUCCACGAACCCGUUCCGACAGUCUAUGCUGCCCAAUGCGACUGGCAUGGGCGACACCAAGAUGCUCACCAGCCCUACCGGUACAAGCUCGAUCAAUCGCACUUCCACGAACCCGUUCGCAAAACAGAACACUGGUUUUUCUCAGCAGUCGCAGUCUCCUGUCAACUCACCGUCAUUUUCAAUCUCACCCAUCCAGGAAUCCCCCUUCGCACCAAUGCAACAACAGCCAUUGCAACCCACACCUACAGGCACAAACCCAUUUGCACGUCAACCUUCACCACAGAGUGCAACAUCGCCGCAGGGUGGUCUUACUGUGCACGCGACGGGUAGUACCAACCCUUUCCGACAAAGCGCCUUUGUCAAUCAGCAAACUGGCCAGGGUUGGCAGAAUACAAGCAACCAAGGGACAAUGGGAGGCAUGAGCCUAGAUCAAGUACCUACAACGAGCGUCUUUCCACGGCCUGGACAGCAGCAACAGAACUUCCUAGGAUAG